AGGGGUAGAAUCAAAGCUCACCACUGACCUCUCUGCGGCUUUCAUCUGUGUGAUCAGUUCUGCCAAAAUCUGCACCACGGCUGACGCCGAGUGAACUUUGCAGGAUUUGAUUCUUCCAGAAUUACGGUCAUGUUCCAUGGUGGUAGCAGGAAGAAUGGAUCUGCAUUUUAAGAAGGGUUGUGCAGAAUUAUUAAACUGGGAAGGUCCACAGAGAGCCAGGAGCCAACAAAUCAUAUCAACACCUAAAUGAGGCAUUAAGUCUGAUCCAUUGCUGUCUGUUUGAAACUUCGCCAGGGAACACUCCUAAUAGAAAUGGCAGAAAAGGUGAAUAACUUCCCACCGCUCCCCAAGUUUAUUCCUCUGAAACCAUGUUUCUACCAGAAUGUUGCUGAUGAAAUUCCCAUCGAUUAUCAGUCUCUGGUGAAGAGAAUCUACCACGUAUGGAUCUUUUACUGCAUCACGCUAGUAGUGAAUAUAAUUGCAUGCCUGGCAUGGUGGAUCGGAGGAGGCUAUGGGGUCAAUUUUGGUUUGGCCAUCCUUUGGCUUAUCCUCUUCAGUCCCUGUGGCUAUGUCUGCUGGUUCCGACCUGCGUACAAAGCCUUUCGGUCGGACAGCUCAUUUAAUUUCAUGGCCUUUUUCUUCAUCUUUGGUGCACAGUUUAUUCUCACGGUCCUGCAGGCGAUUGGUUUCUCCGGAUGGGGAGCUUGUGGAUGGUUGGCAGCCAUUACUUUCUUUAGCACCAAUGUUGCAGCUGCUGUGUUCAUGCUGUUUCCUGCCAUUAUGUUUACAAUGUCAGCGGUUGCAAUGCUCAUCUGCAUUUUAAGGGUACAUAAAAUUUACCGAGGGGCUGGUGGAAGCUUUCAGAAAGCUCAGGAUGAGUGGAACAGUGGCACAUGGAGGAACCCCCCCAGCAGGGAGGCCCAGUACAGCAAUUUUUCUGGGAACAGCCUGCCAGAGUAUCCCACAGUGCCCAACUAUCCCCCGGGAAACCAAUGGCCUUAAGCAGCAACAGCUGCAAACUGCCUGGAUUCUCUUCUUUUUGGUCUUUUUAUUAUUGUUAUUUGAAAAGAUCAUUUGCAUUCCCCUCCGAGCACCCCAGUCAUCUUGGGGACUUUUUUGUUUUUUGUCUCCUCAUCACUGCAGAAGAUACGUGCUGUCAGCCCUUGCCACCUCCAGAGCACUGCACGGCCUUAUCAGAAAGUUUUUUGUUUGCAUUGAGUUACCAGUAUUUGCCUCGUUGCAGACUGAGGAACCAACCGUUCACUGCCCUUGCUUGAGGGAAUCCUCUCAUGACCAUACGUGAAAAAGGCUUGACUUCCUCACAACGGUGAACGCUACCACAAUUGCUCCUUCUCCUGCCUCCCUGCUUAGUUUUCAUCACAUGCACAGCACACCGCCAAGUCAUCUGUAACAAAUGCAAUCAGAGCAUUAGUAGCAACUGGUGUUUACUCUCCCGGAUGAAUAAUCUGGAAAUUUUCUCUCUAAGGGAAAUGCAACACCUAAAUUAUUUGGUACUAGUGAUAUCGAAGGUAUUUGUAAAAUCUACAACCUCAUUUGCUUGCGCUCUCUGGCGAAGAAUCCUCUAGAUAAUGGUGCUUGCUGUGGGUGAGUGUUGCUCAGAUGUGAAGUCCACAAGAGUCCUCAUUUGCCUGGCUAGGCCUAUUGUUAUGCUAGAAGUCUUGCUUUCCCUGCUGCCAAAAUCUUUUGCCAGAUCCAUGUGCUUCAAAGGUGCAGAUUCAUCUCAGUUGGUUAAUGAUUGUUUGCUUAAAACCUUAUUCAAAGCCCACUGGAAACUAUUGAAAAGCUGGCUGAUGCUGGGCUUUGGAUCUGGCUACCUGGGUGAUGUUCACCCUGUUACAGGUAGGCAGCAUGAGAUCUCUACGCCAUCUAACUUCUACUUCUGUGGCAUCCAGGUUUUGUGCUGACCCAAGAAAUGCCCUAUGGGACACACCUUGCCCUUUUGGGACACCCUUUUUUCUGGGCUCCCAGCCAGUAGCCGGAUGCAAGGUAACUAUUGAUCUCAGUGCUGGGGCCCCUGUGUGAUUUGGGAAUAAUUCUAUUACAAUGAAUAGUUUUAAUUCUGCCUUCUACUGAUGUAGUUGAAAUCCAGACAUUAUGCAGUGGGGUCUGGUAGACCGAGGAAAGCUUGUUAGUCCUCGUAACUGAUAUUAGCUCUGCAGACCUGGUCUGCGUCUGUGUAGCCAGCAGCACUUUCCUUCCAUGUAUGAGCAGGGAGAGAGAGAUUCUUGCCUUUCUCCAAGAAUAGGCUAAAGAGAGGGUCAAGCUGUUGGGAAGGAUUGUUUUCCCUGAGAGCCAGCAUCUGUCUCGUCGUUCAUCUCCAUUCUGUGCAUGCACAUCAGGACUCCUGUAGCCUGAGCCAUCCAAUUCCCCUGUGUCCUACAGCGAUCCAAGCAGCAAAGGCUGCGGUUUUUUCUUCUCCCUUAACAGCCUGCUGUGAAUUUUUUCAAACCUGUCAAAACUGGGAGGUCAGUUCCCAAUAUUUUUAUAGGGAGUGAGUGUUCAAAGUCUUCGGCUCUGAAAGUUUCAGCCAAUGAUCCUGUGAAGGAUGGAGUGCUCCACUGCGGAGACUUAGGAGGUGUUGGGCACGCCGUGGGUCAGACCCAGAGCCUGCCUGGCUUGGCAGGCUGGCGGAUGGGAUGCCAGAGAUGUUAUGGUGUAAGUGGGUUCACUCCAAAUUCACACUAAGUAGCUGGAAAACAAAAUUGGCUCCUGGAAAGGGACAGGGAGGUUGUCCUAGCUAGGUGGAAUUGAUUUGCAAGUGAUCUUUUGAAAACUGUCUCUACAUGUGCCUUAUUAAUAAAAUACUAGUUCACGAAGGAGAACUCUUCCUUCCCCAUCACCCCUGCAGAACUUCCCAUUUGCUCUAUUAACUUUUCCUGUGUCAUACUGUAAAUACUAAGUGAAGUACAGCUUGGAGUCUGCAUGACACCUUUGUUAUUAGGGCCAAAACGAAAGCAAACAUGAAUCAGAGGGCAGAGCCUCCCUGAAUUUCCAUUUACAAGCAACACUAAUGCCCCACUGCAGAACCAGCCUUUUGCUGGGUCUGGGAUAUUUAACAUGCUCCAAACACAAGGGUUUUUUUUUCUUGCGAAUGUGCAAUGUGCUUGUAAAUACAAACGCUUGAAGCCGCCUUAACAGAACAUGACCUGAUCGCAUUGUCAAGCUUUUAGGUGCCUUCGUCUUGUGUCAAGUGUAAUUUUAAGUGUUCUUUGUCACUUGCCAUCAGAAAGUGAUAAAAGAACUGCCUGUCGAUUAACUCCCUGGAAAUACGAUUGCACUACAGGGGAGUGAGGGGAGGUUAACUGGGCCGAAUGCAAGAUUGGCCAUACUUGGAAGCCAGAACAUGGUGCACCCAUGUACCAUGCUCCCUCCAGCCCUGCCCCUCUCCAUCCUCAGCCUCUUGCCAAAAUUUUUCAAAAGCGAUUGGUGUCCGUCCUUUUUUUUAGUGUGUCAGGUUGGAGAUUUCAAAGGAACCAAGAGGAGAAGCAUUGCUAGGGACUCCACGUCCUCCUUCUCUUUUUUUUUUUUUUUUUUCUCUCUCUUCCCCUUGGAUAAUCUGGGGGGCUGCUUUGAAGCACCCACCUUCAGUCAUGUUGAAAAUGCUUGAUGCAGGGAGAGGGUGUACUUAGGAACCUGCCCACGAAAAUGGUUGGAUGCAGACACCAAAAUCGCACCCCAUUAGCAUACACUGUGUGAGAUCUCUACAGAGCUUAAAUGAACCUCUCUGGAUGGGAUCUGCCAUCUCUCAUCCCCCUCCAUCCUUUUCAAUGCCAGAAACCGUAAUUCCAGAAAGUUGACUCAACACGCUGCCUGAACUACCGUGGCUUAUUUUUUUGGACUCCUCUGUAUGUUUUUAAAUGUUUACAUUAGAUUUCUAAGACCUCUUAACACCAUUAACCUGGACCUGGCUCCUGGUUUUGUUCAGCAUCACGUGGCGUGUAUGUGUGCGAUGUUUCAUGUCACUUGUGGAGCUCUGGUUUUUGUUUGUGUGUUUCUCCUGAUCACAAGACAAUAAAUGCUCAUCCUGUGCUUGAUGAGAACAACUGGC